ACAUCUGAAUUCCGAUCAGCCUUAACAUAAUCUUAACUUCUAAUAGUACAUUAUCGUUUUCACAGUAUUAAUUCACAUUCUGAAAUUUUAAAUACGUUAUUUUGGUUGCAUAAUUUGUAUUUCCUUUGUAUUAUUUAAAUAUUAUGGCUGGCUUAGGUUUAGCAGAGAUGUCGGCUAUACGUUUGCUAAAACAACCCUUCACACAGCAAGUAAAGCAGCUCCACAUUUCAACAGUUUUAGCAACAAGCGAUGUUGCUCAGGACAAAACCCCGAAAAUCAAAUCUGUUCAAGUAUACAGAUGGAAUCCAGAAACUCCAGAAAUCAAGCCGAAAAUGCAAGAAUACAAAGUUGAUCUGAACACAUGUGGCCCUAUGGUGUUAGAUGUAUUGAUUAAAAUAAAAAACUCUGAAGAUUCUACAUUAACAUUCAGACGUUCUUGCCGUGAAGGUAUUUGUGGUUCUUGUGCUAUGAACAUUGGUGGAGUUAAUACAUUGGCAUGUAUUAGUGGUGUAAAUACAGAUUUGUCAAAACCAUUAAAAAUAUACCCAUUACCACAUAUGUAUGUCGUUAAGGAUUUGGUACCAGAUAUGAAGUUAUUCUACAAACAAUAUGCUUCUAUUGAACCAUGGUUACAUACUAAUGUAACGCCUGCCAAUAACAAAGAACAUUUGCAACAUACAUACGAUAGAGAGAAACUUGAUGGCUUAUAUGAAUGUAUUCUAUGUGCAUGCUGUUCUACUUCAUGCCCUUCCUACUGGUGGAAUUCUGAAAAAUACUUGGGCCCUGCCGUACUUAUGCAGGCUUACCGUUGGAUCAUUGACUCAAGAGAUAAUGCUACAGCUGAACGUUUGGAUAAAAUGAGGGAUCCAUUCUCUGUGUUUCGUUGUCACACAAUUAUGAACUGUACUAGAACAUGUCCAAAAGGUUUAAAUCCUGGUAGAGCUAUUGCACGGAUCAAGAAUCUUCUUUCUGGGGUGACCAGCAAGGAAGAACCAAAAGCUAUUACACAAUGAAGAUGAUAGUAUUAUAAUUUAGUAUUUUCCAAGUAUUGAAAAUUAAAUAUUUGUCUAAACUUUGGUA